AUGAAUGCGUGGAAGUCCAACUCUCUCGGCUUUGGGUUGUACAGGAUUCCGAAGGUAAAAUGGGAAGACAUUGGGGGACUUCAAGAGGCCAAGAAAGAAAUUUUGGACACGAUUCAGUUGCCCGUUUUGCACCCUGAAUUGUUUUCCGAGGGCGUACAACAUCGUAGUGGUGUGUUGCUGUACGGUCCUCCGGGAACGGGCAAGACUUUGCUGGCGAAAGCGGUCGCUACGGAGUGUCGGCUCAAUUUCAUUUCGGUCAAGGGGCCCGAAUUGCUGAGCAUGUACAUUGGGUUGUCCGAGAAGAACAUUCGAGACAUUUUUGAACGCGCUUCGAACGCCCAGCCGUGCGUGGUCUUUUUUGACGAGUUGGAUAGCUUGGCGCCCAAGCGUGGGAUUCACGGAGACAGUGGUGGCGUGACGGAUCGGAUUGUGUCUCAGCUGUUGGCGGAGCUGUCCGGGAUUGGCCGGACGAGUCAGAUUUUCGUAAUUGGGGCGACGAACCGUCCGGACUUGAUUGAGCCGUCACUUUUGGUUCCCGGGCGAUUUGACAAGUUGAUUUAUUUAGGUGGGCAUCAAACGGUGGAUCAGCGACUCCACGUUCUUCGUGCACAGACAAAGAACUUUUGUUUAGGGAAAACGGUGGACUUGGUGGAUUUGGCUGAAAAGUGCCCGAGUAAUCUGACUGGUGCCGACAUGUAUGCGCUCUGCUCGAACGCGCUGUAUUUGGCCAUAGGGAGCCGAGUUAGAGAAUACCGGGGCCUGAGUCCAGAAGACUUAGAGGGUCUGAAGGCGGAUUCUUCGCUGUCGGUGAGGGUUGAGCAGCAGCAUUUUAUCUCGGCGCUUGAAAAGUUGGCGCCCAGCAUGACUUUUUCGGAGUUGAAGCGCUACGAUGCCAUCAGAGAGCGGUUCGAGAGCCGGGUCCGGCCGGUGGACUGA